AUGUGCGCUUUCGGUGCCCAACCUCUCCAGGUCUCGCCAACACCACUGGGGCGUACUCGAACUGGUCAACCCAAAUCUCGACCCUCUGAAGGUCACAGUUGCAGGGCGGUAGAAGUAACCUCGCAAUUCGAGCGUAGGUGUGAAGACCAAGAUGGUGUGGCGCUGGGUUUCUUUGCAAUUUUUUCACAACUUGGCGAGCUUUUCUCUGGACUCAAAGUCUCCAUGGCCACGUCUGCCCCUUUCACAACGGCUGCGGAGCCCUUCCUAGUCGAGUCGCUAUCGCAAUUCACCCUGACUUCUCAUCUUCGGCCCGAGCCCGCCUACCUCCAGCUUGACCCAUCCCAGUGCCAAGAGCCUAUGCUAGGCACACUUGCACAGCAACUAGUUGCCGAUGAGACUCCAGCAAACCUGUCAACAAGUCACUUUCGGAUUGACCACUCGGAGGGCAGAUAUUGCCAACGUCUGCAACACCAAGUCCAGGUAAAGAGCUCAUCAAAUGCCUUUAUAUAA